AUGGCAGCCAAAGAGGACCGCACAGCCUUGAAGGGUCUGGAGAAGAGGUUGUUCAAGCUGGUAUCGGAGAAGGCGACGUCGGCGCAAUGGUCGGAAUGGCUUCGAGCCCCGCUGGAGCACGCUGUGGCCGAGGGCGACAAGGAUCUCGCCUUGACCCUGCUGAAAGCCGGGGCGAACGGUGGGUCAGGCUGGGAGGGUUGUAACGACCGUACUCUGCUUCAGGCGGCGGCCGAGGGAGGUAACGAGGAGGUGGUGUCGACUUUGUUGGGGAAAGGAGGCCUGGAGGAAAUAGACGUUGCCUCUGGCGAUCAAGACAGGACUGCACUCCACCGGGCGCUUAUUGGGGGCCACACUGGCGCGGCAAGGGCGCUGAUGGUCGCCGGCUCAGACACAAGUUUGCUCGAUACCGAGAAGCGCAGCGCCCUACACUACGCAAUUCGAGGGGGGCACCUGCAGCUCGCCGGAGAUGCAAUUAUUGGGGGAGCCAACCUCAAAGCGAAGGAUGUCAUCGGUGACACCCCCCUCCACUUUGCUGCCGCUCAUGACGACGACAAGUUCGUGUCCACGAUCUUGCGCACGGGGGCUCGUGUCGACCGGCCCAACCGCGAAGGAAAGUAUCCGCUCCACGUGGCGGUGGAGUGUGAUCGACUCACCGUUGCAGAGGCUCUUUUGACGGCGGGUGCUGACCCAAACGUCCGAUUCGGCAAAUCCAAAAUAUACUCACCGCUGUUCUUGGCAGUAGGGCGCAGUCUGGCGACGAUGAGGGUUCUGCUUCAGCAUGGCGCAAACGUCAAUUCGCCCGAUGAUCUUGGCUUCACAGCACUGCACUGGGCUGCCGACUUCGACGCAUCGGCGGAGAUCGAUGUUCUUGUUGAGGCCGGGGCGGAUCUUGAAGCGAGCAGUUCGAGCGUUCACUUGAAGGACAAGAUCGGUGGCAUUAACUCUUUCGUCGGAAUCACGCUUCUUCAUGUCGCCGCCUACUUCCACAAUUGUGUUGCUAUGGCCGCACUGCUACGUAACGGAGCUAACGUCGACGCAGAAUCUGACAACGGCCUGACUCCCCUACACAUGGUGGGCAAGACCUCCUUUUCCUUCGGAUCGGUGGAAGCAGCCGACCUUUUGCUGAGAUGGGACGCGGACGAAACGACCACCGACCACGAUGGCCGCACUCCCAAAGCACAGGUCGGGGGGGAAGAGGUGGCAGGGCUAGAGCCCGGACCGGUGCCGGCCGUGGGCGUGGAGGUCGUAGUGCGAGCCGAGGUGGCAGGAACGGCAAUUUACUGGCGCGCGUGGUGGAGCUGGAGGAUGAUGAAGUUUUCCGGGCGAUCGUCACAUUCCUGUGAAAGGCGGGGCAUGUGUUCUGCGAUGUAA